CUUUGUGGUUUCCUCUUGUCUAAACUGUUGUGCCAACAAAGAUGAAGUAUGUAAAUUUGAUUGUAUGGUCAAAACUUGUAAAGUUUUAUGAAACUUAUGAAAAUGGCUUUCGAAUAGCCCACAUUUACUAAAGUGUUGGGGUACCAGGUGGAGUGGUAGGGUACUUAUAAGAGCAGAGAUUGACAUUUACAAAGCAUACAGUGAGUUAGUUAUCUGUGAUGUUUUGAAACAUGGUGCUCGGUUAAUCCCAUGUAAAAUUAUCUUUUUAUUAGUAUGUUUGUUUCAUUGACUAGUUUUUACAAAAACUACAAUAUGUUAGGGCUUUCAUAUCAACAAAAUGUCAUUGAAGAUGAACUAUGUAAAAAAAAAAGACGUUAAGUUCAGUCGACACAAAAUAGUUGAAUGUAGGUUGAAAAAUGUAAAAUUGUUUUAUAAUGCUUAGUUGCAUUCGAGGCAUAUAGACUAAAUCCUCCAGUUGAUAUGGAAAUGUUUACACCAAGGACUGUGUUGUCUUUUUGAUGUUUACAAAAACACAAAAGUUAUCUCAGUGGUGGGAAAAAAAGUUAUCUAGUCCAUAAAAGAGUCGAAAUGUAAGAUAAAUACAAAUAAAAGAUAGUCUUGACAUCUAAAUUGUCUUUUUUGUCAAGUCAAAAUUUUGGAAUUUAGUUUGGUUCAUCAACUGCUUACCAAUUCUUUAAUUUCCACUGUAGUCUUUAUUGAAGAGCUUAAAUUGCCUUCGAAGUUUCCAAUGUGUGUACAUUGCUUUCUCUGAAGUCUGAUUUCCCUUUGAUUCAUGAGAAUGCAAUACAAGUUGUAUGCGAAAACAUUUUAUAUUAGGUUCUUUAAGCCCCCUAAACUAUCUCUGACAUAAAAAAAUGUACGUUAGAUUCCUUAAAGAUGUUAUUUGAAAUAUUAAACCUAUGGAUGGACAGACUAAGUUGGUAAAAGGAAGGAGAAUGUAAUGUAAUGGGAACAAACACAACAGAGACCGAUAUGUUUCCUUAGUGACAGUGGAGCAUUUGUUUGGCCUUGGUUAUUUUAUAUUUAAGGGUGGAAGGGUUUAGAUGUAGUCAUAGGUUGUCAUGUUUGUUGUGGUUGUGAAGGAACUGGAAAUGCACAGUUGUGCGAUGCAGGCUUGCAUUGGCUCCCCCCGCAAAACACUUCAUUCACCAGCUUGUGGGGAGUCGGGCACUACCGACAUGCCUUGGCACACGAGAAGCAUGGAUGGCGGUCUAGACAAAAGUCUAGGGAGUUGGGGAGGGUUAGUCCGUUCUAUUCACCUGCUCUGAUCAUACAUUGUGCCAAAGAAUAUACAGCUCAUUUUUCAUUAACUUUGUCAGGGAGGUAUUCAUUGAACAAUAUGUCCAUGAAACUCGGAGCUGUAUUGAGUAUUUGGGUUCAAAGGUGCAGGAAUGCAGUUUAUUUUUAACCCCCUGGGUUUGAACACUCAACAUCCUGCGCUUGCCACACAGGCGCCUUGCGAAACGGGCACACGAGGGAUUCGGCAUCCUGUUUUUUUGUUCAUGCAAUGCGGACGUUCACGCUGUCGUGUUGAACGCUAACCUAAUUAACUCAAAGCAGGUUCAGGUUAGUGGACAAAAAAAAGUCCCAUAAAAAACAUGUGGUAACUGAAUAUCUCGCUUGCAAAUAAAUCAGAAUAAUGUCUGCCUCCACCAAGGCUGAAAUGUACACCAGAGGAAGUACAGUGAAGAUAAGAUAAAAUUACCCUUUGAUGACUCCCACAGCGGAACAUCAGGCGUUGGCAGUCGAGAGUAAAGCAGCACACAAAUGAUGGUUUAAAAAAUAAAAUCACAACAACCUUAGUGUCGCUACUGUCGGACAACAAGCUAAGUUUGAAAGUAAACCUGACAUUUCACCUGAAAAUAUGUCUAAUUAUGUGUGAGUAGUAUUUUUAUUUUGGAGAGUCGUCAACGCAUUUUGUAAGUGUCAGUCAUUUUUGUUCAUCUCCCAAAUGCAGUCAAAAACAGGAAACGAAUCAUGUGAAAUAGUGAGGAAGGUCUCUAUAAAAAGGGAAGAAGUAACGUACAAACAAAAAUAAAAUGAGUUCUCCAUGAAUGACCGGUAGCUUUUUUGAUUUGUUCAAUUGUGAUAACCUCAUAUAUCUGGAUUACAGAGAUCUUGCCCCUUUUUAUAAUAGAUCAUGAUAUUUUUUUAACUUGGUUUUUAUUGUUGGAGAACACUUUGUUGAUGUUUUUACCGUCGAUGGUUGAUUUAACUUGUUUAUGGCAUCAUACAAAGAGCAUGUGCCUGUAUUUGUGUUAAAUGCGGCAAAGGCGUAUAUGGAGCCAGCCAAGCCUGCCAAGCUAUGGGGAAUCUUUACCACACCAAUUGCUUCACCUGCUGCUCCUGUGGGAGGAGAUUGCGAGGAAAAGCUUUCUAUAAUGUCAACGGAAAAGUCUACUGCGAGGAGGACUUUUUGUACUCUGGUUUCCAGCAGACAGCUGAGAAGUGCUUCGUGUGCGGCCAUCUGAUCAUGGAGAUGAUCCUUCAGGCACUGGGCAAAUCCUACCAUCCAGGCUGCUUCCGCUGUGUGGUGUGUAAAGAAGGUCUGGAUGGGGUGCCCUUCACUGUGGACGUGGAAAACAAUAUCUACUGCGUCAAAGACUACCACACGGUCUUUGCUCCCAAGUGUUCCUCCUGUAACCAGCCCAUUCUCCCAGCUCAGGGCUCCGAAGAGACCAUUCGGGUGGUCUCAAUGGACAAGGACUAUCAUGUGGAAUGUUACCACUGUGAGGAUUGCCGCCUCCAGCUAAAUGACGAAGAGGGUCAUCGCUGUUACCCUCUGGAUGGCCACCUCCUUUGCCAUGGCUGCCACAUCCAUCGACUGCAGUCCCAGGUUCCAGGGAACCCGCCCCCAAGCUACCCGCUCCAUGUCACUGAGCUGUGAAUGAGAGGGUAAAAAGCGGGGGUUAAUGGCAACCCCCACAUAUCCCUCGGGUGGCCCGAGUGGCCAAUCUGCCCCACCGUCGCGGGUUGCACAGCAGGGCGUGGGUGGGUGGGACGUGGCUGUGAAGUGCCUGAGUCGUGGAUUCGCCACAUAUCAUUAUGGGGUUACCCUUCUUAUAUGUGCCCCAUUUUUCAUGUCUGAUAACUGUAUGACACCCACCCAAGGGGCCAUCACUGGCGGGACCAGUAGGUCCCAGUGUGGCCUGGUCGUGCCCCUGUGAGGGGGAAGUUGGGAUGGAAUGAACCCUCAAAAGAUUGCUGGAGACAACCUGCCCCGAAUUCUCAGGACGGACAGCAUCCAUGUAUGCAUCCUCCUCCAUGUCAGCGUCUACUCCCAAACCAUUUACCCUGCCACAACUUGGCAACAUGUUCCCUGAUGUAACUCCUACAAGAUGCCAAACUGACCCGCACUUUCUUGGACACACAUGGUGGUGCCCAAGUGGAGUUCCUCUAUUUCUAUUCUGCUUCCACUAACUUUUUAUAUCAUCCCUGUUGCUUAGCCUGUUGCUUAGCUCAAGGUUCUUGUUACCCCAACUCUUCAUUCCAGAUGCUAAAUGAUCAACUGUAGGUGCCUUAAAACGCCAACCUGGUCAUACUGUGUAGCUUCAGCGUGGUAUUUGAAUGUGGGACUUCACUCUGCAACUCCUCCCUAACAAAGCAGGGUAGGGUUUACUCAUAUGCCACCUACUUCCAAAAGUCCAUCCCGGUCUCUACCUUCUCAACCAAGCUUCUGUGCCACAGAAUGGUGAUGGACUCACUCUGCUGCUCCCACCCACAACUGAUGUUGGGCUCAGUUUUUAUUAAACCUCUACUUCUAUGGAACCCACCUCUUUAUUCGAACGGAAAAAUGACUCCCGCUACAUUCCAAACGAAGUUCUGUGACACGCCCGGUUGAUGGACUCACUCUGCUGCUCCGUCUAUCAACUCCCACCCACUUCUAUCUAGCCAACUGCUUCUAUGGACCCCACCUCUUUAUUCCAACAGAUAAAUGACUGCCGCCCAGAGGGGCCUCCGCUGGCCGGACAGGACCAAGCCCAUUGCGGUCGUGUUGUGCCUUCAGAGCGGGUUUUCCGCAAAGCCGCUAACUCUGAUGUGAGUUAACGACUCACCUAGCCACCAGCCAUUCCAUGCCCCCGUGGCACCCCUUCCACUUGUAACACUGACAUUCCACGUAGAUGUCUAUAGACAAGACCUACAGAGAAUCACUGUCUUAAUGAAUGAUGAAAAUACAAUGCUUAGGAACACUUGAUUGUCUUGUAUACGUACAGUAUUUAAACUGUAUAUACUGUGCUGUACGAAUAUAUAUAUAUAAUAUAUAUAUAUUGCCGAUGUUUUCUCUCAAGACGAUUAGGUGUACAUUUUAGCUGUCCUUGUGUCAUUUCAACCCGGUUGACAACAAAAGAUGAAGUGGUUUGUCAAUGUCUUUGAAAGCCCGGUGCCGCUGGUCCCGCCAGGGUUUUUCCAAAGAUGUCGUUUUUGCCCACGUUCGGUAGGUGGCGCUAAUGAGCUUUUUCUUUUCGAUUGGCACUUUCCCCUACCUCCAGCUUUGUUGUUUUUGUGUGUGUGUGUGUGUGUGUGUGUACUGUGGCAGGACCACCGUAACAUGUUUGUGAAAAGAAAACGCAAAAACAUGAAAACCCAGAAUUCUACCGAGGCUUAAAGUUGACCUUAAGAUCCAACUACUAAAGACAAAGGUUUGACACAUAUCCAAUCUAGAUUGAACCUAGUUUUGACAUUACAGCAUUCGACAAGACAUUCAUUCAAAUUUGAGAAAAUUUUGCUUUGCUGUCAUUUAUCAUGUCAUGUUGACUAAAAUCUAUCAAAAUGUGGACUUGCCCAUGAGAUCUCAUGCUAUGAUUAGCCCAAAAAAACAUUGGCUCCGCCUCUCAGGUGUAGGUUGCAGGAAACGGACGCCAUCUUGUUCCCGCUCAAUACUACUGACUAGAAUGUGUCCAUAAACACACUGACCGAAACUAACUUAUCCUAUUGACUCGAAUGUAACGCAAAUGAUUGUUUGUACCCAACAUUCCCAACAUCGCCUUCCUUAAUUCAACUUUAUUAUUAUUAUUAUUAUGCUUAUUUCUAUGUUUUAAAACAAAGUACUAGCACAUGCCUAGCACCCCUUGUAAAUAAGGAGUCUAGUUUUGUAUUUUUCUCUCGGGAAGAGGAGAGGACAUCUCCUCUGACUGGUUAGUUGCCAUAAAGCACAUGUCACAUGAUCUUUUGUAUCUCCGUUAUUAUUUCCUAGAUGGUUCAUGAGAAGAAAGAGUAGACCUAUUUAUCUAAACAUGGAGAGAAGACAAAUUAUUUAAUGUAUUAAAAAGAAAUCAGGAUGUAUCGUUUUAACUGUAGAGGACAUUAUCUGCUAUUCAAUAAAGUGGUUUUGUAGCUAACUGUAAUUUACGACUCCUUGUUGUUUCGGCGGUUUAAAUACGUUGGAUUGUGUGCCCUCUGAUUGGGCCCAACAUUUGAGAGUGCACUGGUGUGGUUCGACAGUUUGGCCAUUUAUGGCACAAAGCAUCCUUUAUGUGUGUUAGAGGUUUCCACCCUCUGACUGUGUGUUGUGUUUGCAAGUUUAUGUGUGAGAGAGAGGUGAGCUCUGUUACAGUGUACAAAAGACUACCUUAUUGCCAGUUAAUGUUAACACUUUAUUUAGCUACAUUACUUUACCUAACAAAAUGGUACUAUAAACUCUUUCACUGCCAUUGAUGAUGCUAGACGUCCAAUUGCAUGGCUCUUUUCAUCCUCCUGCAGUGAAUUGAAAGUUUUAUCACUAGUAGACGUCCAAUCUAUUUAAACUGGGAGGGAGGGUGGCCCACUUCAAAUGGAUUGGAUGUCUAUCAUUUUCAGUAGCAGCCAAUUAGUUUAAGGUAUAGUAAAAAAAAAAAAAAAUUGCGAUUUUAUUUUAAAACACAGCAUUGAAAUAAAUAGAGAAAGAAUUUCAUGUUUACUGCUGUGCCUACGCAUCCAAGAUUCUCGUCAAGAUUUCCAGACACUGACGUGUGGAAGCAGAGGGAGCCUGGUCGGUGGUAAUGUCGGGGUCAGGAAGGAUCCCUCUCGGGACAUCAGUCUUUAUAUAGCCACGGGAGGCGUGGGAAAAUACAGGCCGGGGUGUUUUUUUU